GUGUGCCAUGGAGACCAGCAGAAAGGAGAGGCUGGCAGCACUGAAAGAGUAAGUGUGGCAGCAGCCAGCAGGGACUGGCACAGGCUGGGACUCCAAUGCAAAGCAGUGGCCUGCCUGAAAUAGCCAUGGCUCCUGCAAGCCACCACCGGCUGCUGUGGGGUUUACGUUUGGGGGAAAAGAGGCACUGAAAAGCUUUUCUCUCCAGAGAGCACUUCCCACAGGCAUUGGGGCUUGCUCCAACAAGGGCCUCUUUCAGAAGGGCAGGGAGGGAGGGAGGUGGCUGUAUCUCAGCAAAGGCAGUCCCUCUGCUGUAGAGUAGGCAAUGGCCUUUUGUGAGAUCAGCCUGGGAGACCUGUGUUGUCAACACCAACUUCAUUAAUGCUGUGCUCCUCUUCCCUCAGGGUGGCCAGCAAGUUGCCAGAGGCCAACCUCCUGCUAUGGCACUUGCUAUUGCUGCUUGGCAGCAUCAGCAAGAAUGUGGCCACAACCAAGAUGACGUCUGGGAACCUGGCCAUCUGCCUGGCACCAAACCUCCUGAGUCCACCCCAGGAGCUGCCCCUGGAUGUCCUGGCUCUGGAGACAGGAAAGGUGAUGCAGCUCGUCGAGUUCCUCAUCGACCACCAUGAGGAGCUCCUUGGAGAGCAUGUGGCUGGGCUGGCCAGAGAGGAGGAUGAGGAGACACCAGCACCACAAGCAGAGCUGGAAACAGCAGAGGUGCCUCCCAUCACUCCCGAGAGCAAAAAACAGAGGAGCUUUUCUGGGGAGAAAAGCUUCCCAGGCUUUUCACGGAAGACCAGGAAGCGAAGAGCAACCUGGGAAGAGGGCACUGAUGGGCCACUGUGCCAGAAGAAAAGCAGAACUGAGCUCUCAGGGAUGGGCGACUGAAGAAAUUCAAGCAGGGGAAUAACAAGGGACCCAGGUAUGUAGCAGACCUUGUGUUCCACCUUUUUGCCAAGCUCUGAAUGUAGGAAAUGCUCCUGAGGUGCACAGGAUGGUCCUGCCCUCGGGGGAACAUGUAUGUCAGGAGAAACAUACUACCCCAGCAUUGCCUGCCAACCUGUGAUUUUAGUAUGGCAGAGCGAGGGAUCCUGCUGCUUGGGUUUUGGAAAGGACCAAAUCCCAGAUUCCAAGGGCUCCCUGCCGAACCCUGCUGCCUGGCAAGGUGGCACUGCACAUCUCUGUCAACUUCCUGUGCUCUAAGGGUAUUACAUGUAUUGAGAAGCUACCAAAGCAACACUGUAGCUGCCAGUAAGGAACCAGUAAGGAGCCCCUCUCCUGUGCUAGCAAUGACCUCUUUUACAGCAUACUUCCGAAAAGCCCAGGAGCUAAGUCCUGCCUGUUCCUGCCAUUGUGGCUUCAUCAGUGCUUUCUGACUCUGCCCUUGUAGGUGCCCAUUUACUACUUUGGAUUCCCUGGAUGAGCUCUGCUGCCUGGGCUUGGAGUUCCAUCCUGCAGCCCCAGCAGCACCUUAGCAGCAGCGAGGACAGUGCCACCAUGUCCUUCUGCUCUGGAUGGAAGUUUCCACUACCUCUCCCCGGAGCCAGAGCAGCGCCCUCAGGCCCACCCAGCCCUCGCAGGAGGCCUUGCUGGCUCACUCAGCUUCACCAGCAAAAGCCCACCUGCUGGAGCAUCUCCCCAAGUGGGGAGCUGGCAUCUGGACUUUGAUACUAUUGUUGUUACUAUGCUUGUUACUACAUUUGUUACUAUGCUUGUUACUAUGUUUAUAACUAUGUUUAUUAGUCUAUUACUAUGUCUUUUCAAAACGAAUUUUAGGAUAUACCUUAGGAUAUAUUUAGGAUAUAGUUUAGAAGCAUGUUACAGGAUAGUAGUUCUUUCACUUUGCGUGAGUACACACUUCAUAGGAUCAUAGGAUAGUUAGGAUUAGAAUAGGAUAGUUAGGGUUGGAAAGGACUUCCAGUAAUUUCAUAUUAUGUCACAAGACUACUCUUUGCAUGGCUUUUCAUCUGUAUUUGUAAAAAAGCAGAAAGAAUUACAAAAGUUGCAUCUCUCUGCCUUGCCAUCUUCAUCCUGCAGAAUGGAGAACAGAAAAGAAAGUAUACUGAGAGAGUCAUUGGAUUAGGAAAGAAAUGACAGAAAGAUAUUUACAAAUGCAGAAGAACUACUGCUACAACUUAAAAAAGAUUCAGAUAAGCCUCAGAAGAGUACUGCCUGCUGGUGGAAUACAGCUGCAUAUCUUAGACACCUGUUAAGGUCCAGAAGUAAAGAGUAACUUGCUUCUAAAAGAAAAUGCACAGGCAGCAAAAAGAAGCAUUGA